AUGCUGCGUCUUAAUAAAGCUAAACAAGCCGCUCGCGCGCGUGCCCUGCGGGGCCGCGCUGCCCGCAAGCCCGCUGCCCCCCGCCGCCCUGCGCCUACCACCGCCCGCCGCCCUGCGCCCACCACCCCCUGUCGGCCCGCGCCCCCCGGUCCGGUCUCGACUCCUCGCUGGCCUCCCCCUGGUGUGCUCCGCGCGCAGUCCUGUCUAGGCUGCAUAAAGAGUGCGCUCGCAGGGCGCUCUAUCCCCCUGUUGCUGUUGUCUAUGCGCGGCGCCUUGUUGCAGCGCUUGUUGCAGAGGACAAGCAGGCUGUGUCCUAGCUUUAGCUAG